AUGCAGUCAGGAAUAUCGGCGUCCCAGGAGCUCACCUCCAAGUUCACCGACCUCCUACAGUCCGAAGACCACUUCGGCCUCCUGGCCACCAUUGAAAAUGAAUCCCUCACGCCCGUCUCCCUGCUGACCGUCUCAUCACCGUCCGCCACCUUCGCCGACAACAUCAACUCCCUCGUCCUCCCCGCCCUCGCGGAUUCGGAGCCGCUCUACCUCCUCCUCAAGCGCUACGACUCGGCGCCGCGGCUCGUCGCCGUCAGCUACAUCCCGGACACGGCCAAGGUCCGGCAGAAGAUGCUGUUCGCCUCGACGCGGCUGACCCUUGUGCGCGAGCUGGGCCGCGAGCACUUCCGCGAGACCAUCUACGCCACCACCCGCGACGAGCUCACCCCGGAGGGCUUCGAGAAGCACGACAAGCACGAGCAGCUCGAGGCCCCGCUGACCGAGGAGGAGAGGAGCCUCGAGGGCGUCAAGCAGGCCGAGGCCGUCGAGGGCGCCAGGGGCACCGGGUCCAGGGAGAUCCACCUCGGCCAGCGCAUGGCCAUGCCCGUGCACGACGACGCGCUGGAGGCCCUCAAGCAGCUGAAGCCCGACGGGGGCAAGAGCCUGGUGACACUGAAAAUCAACCCAGAAACCGAAAAGGUCGAGCUCGUCCCGGACUCGACCACCCCGACCUCCAUAUCCGAGCUCACGUCCGGCAUCUCGACCACCGAGCCGCGCUUCACCUUCUUCCGCUACGACCACGAGUACGCCGGGCACAGGGGCGCGCCGCUCCUGUUCUUCUACACAUGCCCCGUCACGCCCGGCCGCAGGGCCAUCAAGGACCGCAUGCUGUACCCGCUGAUGAAGCGCGCGGUGCUGGAGGUGGCCACCGGCGAGUGCGAGCUGGAGGUGGAAAAGAAGUUCGAGGUCGAGGAGCCCAGCGAGAUCACCGAGGACGGCGUCAUCUCGGAGCUGCACCCCAAGGUCGAGGCGCGGAAGGGCUUCAGCAGACCCAAGAGGCCCGGUCGGUAA